UAAAAAAUACUAUUUGUAAAGAUGCCACAGGGAAAAUUCAAGAAGGCCAAGUUACCAGCAGCGAUACAGAAAAAGAAGAACCAAAAGCAAGCUGCCUUCACCCGCCGAUCGAAUGCGCCCAUUCAGGCGAAAAAGGCCAAGUUCAAUGAGACGCAGAAGAUCAAGUCCGUCAUCUCGAAGUCGGUCAACAAGAGCGUGGAGAGCGAACUGCGCUCCCGCGCCCACGAGGGCUACAUCCAGUUGAGCAAGGCCCAGGAGGCGGUGGCCAAGCACCACGCCUCCCAGGCGAAGGCGGCUGCGGCGGCCAGUACCGCCAAGUCCGCGGAAUAGCUUACUCUAGGCCUAAGUACACUGAUGAUAACCAAAUGACCUGCAUAUUGUAUAGUAAAACACAUCUAAAACUACUUCCUAUGUUAUAGCAUCAAUUGGAACCAAAAGGAAGCGAAUUCUCCGCUAAAGAUUCUCAAAAGGAUUUACAAAUCCGCCUAAUAGCAGAGCAUAUGAGCUUUGAAGCAUUGCAAUGCAUUGUUAGUAUCUGCAAUCUUUAAAGAGUACUAAAUUAAGAAAGUUCCUUACAUUUUGUAGUUUUCGCUGAGUUUCAUGAUGGCAUUUCUAUUGAUGGUCAGGUGACCCUAAUAUUUGAUACCAAAUUCAUUAGAUGCUAUACUAAGUGAACAAAUUCAUUUUAAAUGUAUGAACUAUUUCAUGUUUUAAACCGUUGAAAGUUGUCAAAUGCAGAAUACAUUGUCUUACAAUCUUGAAUAUUUUAUUCAGUA